UUCACUAUCUUAUCAUCAUUAGUAGAUUAGUAUCACAAUUCAUAACCAUAUAUAACACACUCUCUAUCUUUGGGCUGAGGAUAUUAUAUUAAUACCCUCACCCUCUUCCCAUCUCUUCCUUCCUAUAAUACCUUCUCAAAUCUCAAUCAACAAUAUCACAUGAUUCAUCGUUAUGAUUUUCUCUUUGUAUUUUCAGAUCAUUCUCUCCUUUUCUCUCUCUUUUCUUUUUCAUCUUUUUAACUUCAAGAAACACUUUCACUCUUUCUUCACCACCACCACCAACAAUAAUAAUCAUAAAUGCCCCAACCCUAACUCUACCUAUCCAGUUUCAUCUAAAUCAAAGCUUUUGAUCUCUCUUCCACCGCAUUCAAUGAUCCAUGAUAAUAUGGAGCCGUCGAUGGUUUGUACAGAGGGUAUUGGAUUUGAAAGCAUGCAGUUGGUAGAUGAUUAUGAUUAUUCGAUAAUAGAUGAAAAUAAUGAAGGUGAUGAAUAUUAUUGGAAGACUACUAGGGUUGUAGAAGAAGAAGAAGAAGAAGAAGAAGAAGAAGAAGAAGGUGUAAAUGGUAAUAAUAAGUUUCCGCCGCCGCUUUCAACGUUAGGCAGUAACGGUCUACCAAAUUAUAUUCUGUUACCGGUGAGGAUGAACGGAAGAUUACAACUCAACAAAAAGAAAGUAAAAAGACCUAAAACUGUUUAUGCGGAUAGAGAAGAUGGGCGGUUGAGAUUGUUUCUUGUUACAGAUGAAUGUUAUAUAGAAGAUGAUGAAGUGGAACAAGAGGAAGAGGAAAUGGUUGAAGAGAGUAGGUAUGAAUAUGAGGAAGAUGAUAGGGUUAGAGAGUGGAAUAAUAAUGAAAAGUAUAGAAAGAGGUAUCACUGUCACCACCAAUUGGUGGAUAAUAUUCAUGGAAGUCAUGGCAAUCUACUCAUGUAUGGAGUUGGUAUUGUAUGAUGAUUAAGUAUAUACAUUGGAAUUGCAAGUUUUGUGGCCUCAUUUGUGUUGGUGUUGUUGUACUUCUUUCCAACUUCUAGUUUUUUGUCAUACUUGUAUUUUGUGAUAAAGGCUAGAUAGAGGUUCUAUGUUGUACUCGAUGUGUAUACAUAAUAAAUAAAAGGUGUUUUAAUAUAA